CCGCACCGUGUGUAUCGUCUUCGUCGGCGUCGUCGAUUUGCUUACAGAAGCAUUCAACUUGAGUAGAAGCCAAGUUUAUUGCCAUUGUUCUCAAUGCAAUCCAGCGGAGCUGUAGCGUGUUGCUUGCUGAUUGCUAUCGUUGCAGUUAAUGCAUGGCCAAUGCAGAAGAAAGUGGAAAUUCGCAAACAUAUUCGCUCGUGUGUGAAGGAAACCGGAGUGCCUGGGAAGAAUGCUCUCAGAGUGCUUAAGGGCAAUUUCGUCGAUGAAAGCUAUGAAGUGAAGUGUUUCGUCAAGUGCAUGUUCAACAGGGUUGGAUUCAUAAACGAUGAUAAUGAACUGAUGAAGGAUUUGCUGAUAGAGAAAAUAAGGCAAAAUUUGGAAGAGGAAGAGGCUGACCAGCUGAUCGAAAAAUGUAACAUGACCAAUGAUGAUAUCAAUGAAUUGGCAUUUGCAAUGUACAGAUGCUGUUUUGAAAAUAUUGAAGUACCAACCGAUAUUUUAACGAAAUAAAUUAUUUUUGUAAAAUG